AUGGCGGUUUCCACAGGAGUUAAAGUUCCUUGGAAUUUUCGCUUGUUGGAAGAACUCGAAGGACAGAAAGGAAUAGGUAAUGGUACAGUUAGCUGGGGCCUUGAAGAUGAUGAAGACAUGACACUUACAAGGUGGACGGGCAUGAUUAUUGGGCCACCAAGGACAAACUAUGAAAACAGACUAUAUAGCCUGAAAGUAGAAUGUGGAUCUAAAUGCCCGGAAGCUCCUCCAUCAGUUAGAUUUGUAACAAAAAUUAAUAUGAAUGGAAUCAAUAAUUCUAGUGGAAUGGUGGAUGCACGAAGUAUACCAGUUUUAGCAAAAUGGCAAAAUUCCUAUAGCAUUAAAGUUGUACUCCAAGAGCUAAGACGUCUAAUGAUGUCCAAAGAAAAUAUGAAGCUUCCACAGCCACCGGAAGGACAGAGGUACAACUGAUUUUAGUGGAUCUCAAACUUGUCUUAAAUCAACAACCUUCUACUCAUGUUAAUGUCUUGAUUAAGUAUCACCAUGCAAAAUACCCACACAUUAAGUAAAAGAAUUCCAGCUGGUAAACAUGACCUGGACAGUUGUAAGAAUAUAUUUAAUAUAUGUACACCUAUUAUGUUUUCAGAUAACAAGAGAAGUGCAGCACAGUUUCUCUUUCUCUUCUUAAAGCACUGUCAUUUAAACAUGAACCUGAAGUAUUCAAAAUUGAAUUCAGGUUUUCAAGACAAAAGCAUGACAAAGGAGUGUCAGAUGGCAGUGAAAACCUUUGUCUCAAGAAGGAAGAACAGAACUGGCAUGCUUUAUCCAUCGUCCUUAGACCACAGUGAACUGUUUAAAGUAGCAGGUAUAAUGAGUUGUCACAAUUGUGUUCACUCUUGAAGCGGUGAGGGUGUGGGUGCUGACUGCUAUAGCAUCAAACAUAGCUUCAGGAUUGUUUUGAUACCUGUA